AUGUCUAAGAAGUGUGUUAUUGAUAAAUGUAGACGCAUACCACGAGCAUUAUGUCAAUGUUGUAAACAAGAUCUUUGUUAUCAACAUUUAUGGAAACAUAAUGAUUUAAUUAUUUCUCAAUUGAAAUCAUUAAGAACUGGCAUUCAUGAAGUUAAUCAUCGAUUUAAAACAGUUAAUACUCAGGAAUUAAUUAAAAACUUCGAUCGACAAAUUAAAGAAUGGCGUAUUGAUUGUUAUGUAAUAAUUGACCGUUUAUUUGAUCAAAAACGUUUAGAAUUUCAUGAAUAUAUUCAUGAAAAAGUUGGAAAACAACGUGAACAUAUUGAUCAAUUACAAAAACGCAUCGAUGAAUUAGUUGAAGCUGAAGGUGGAAAUCAACAAGAAGUAGAAUUAAUCAAAUCGAAUAUUCAUGAUCUUAAUGAAAAAAUUGAUAAAAUUGAAAAAGCUAUUUUUCCAAUUACAACUUUACCAUUAGUCGUUGAUGAACAUAUUAUUCAAAUUAAUUGUUAA